AUGGCUGACGACUUUCACACCAGAUUUUUCUACGAUACAAAACCGGAUUACGAAGGGAUGGACAGUUUUGACAGUUUUGACAGCGCUUGCAGCUGCUACAGUCUUGAUAAAGUUUACAUUGACGUUGACCGCAGUGUUGACGGGGACGGCAGUUGCAAUGAGACGCAUAUUGAGCAGUAUUUGACAGAAGUUGAAGCCGGCACAUUGCCCCACGUUUCAAGUGAUCAGACUUGCAGCUGUGGACAUUGUACUGGAACGACUCACGAGACCACCGUUGAACAGCGGGCUGUACCGCGAGAGUUAGGAACUUGCACUGGUAAACAUUGUGUUGAACCGUUGCAUGACGCACCAGCUGAACGGCGGGCUGUACCGCGCAAGUCGACAGUGGAACUGCGGGCUGUACCGCGAGCACUGCAUUUCAACAUUGCAGACAGCUGCGGUGAUGACUGGAGCGAAAUGGAGCUGGACGCAUAUGAGCACCAGUUCUUACCCCAUCCAAUUGAGAUGGAAUGCGCCGGCCUCAAUCCUGCAGUCAAUAGCACUGCUCACCGAGGCUGCCCGGCCUCGUCCAUGGUAGCCAAUAGGCAGGUGGAUAUCGACCAAGUCGGGCACACAGGUUCCCCUGAAAGUAUGAGUCCAUCCGAGUAUUACCACACAGGUCAUGAAAACCAAAUCAACCAGGGUGUCGGGUUCCGUGCAUACGCGCGCACUCCGCACACAUUCAUGCACACUGCCCAGGACUUAGCAGAGGCUGCAUCCUCGGCCUUUUGUGUUGCCAACUUCAGGAACACUUUCUUGGUCGCCCUUUGUUUUGCUAUGCAUGUAGCGUGCCAAGCAGAGCAAGGCGCCGAAGACUUGAAAGAACCUCCGAAGAGCACCAUAAGCUUAGUCAGUGCAGUGUCGAGGCGAGCAGUGCCUUUCAUGGUAAUCCUGACAUGUAUUCCGCUAGCUGCCAUAAUGUGCCACAUGUUUCCUGGUAACUCCAAUGCUUUGCGUACCCCACCGUCCUGGAGCCCUGAAUUGGAAGGAAGCUACCCAUUCAGGCAGUGGGCCCGGGACAUCAUGUUGUGGUCCAUCGCCACAGACAUGGAGCCUGCCAGGAAGGCCGCCAGUGUCAUGCUUGUCUUGAAAGGAGCUGCAAAAGAACUCUCACGACAGAUCCCCCCUCAGGCAGUUGUGGAGGGGGGAGUUGUGAAUGGAACACCAGUCGAUCCCCUCACCUUCCUGAUGCACACCUUACAAGAAAGGUUCGGUAACCUAGGAGAAGAAGUAAGAGUACAAGCUGUAACCGAACUUAUGAGCUUUUCCAGAAAAGGCAAUGAAAAUAUCGAUGCACUCCUCGUUCGCUUCGACAGCAUUCGCACCAGAGCAGCCGAACAAGGAGGUGCCAUCGUGAGUGUGCAAGGUGUGGCCUGGCUGCUGUUGCGAGCAGUCGGGAUCUCAGACCAACAGUUGUUGCAUCUCCUCCAGCCGUUUGGGGGUUUGUUUCCUGCAAAUGAAGCCGAGCUGACACAGCUCAAGACGAGUCUUCGCAGGAUGGGACAUAUCCUGGAGCAUGCGCCUGGGAACAUCCGUGAAGGGCUUCGCAGUCAGAGUUCGAAUGCAUCUGGUUCGUACUUGACCCAUAGCGAGGCCUAUUGGACAGACCAGGAAGCUUGGCCUCAGUCCCACAUAGGACUUUGUGGCUAUAGCUCACCUCCUGGACUGGCAGAAGCUCGAUCGCCCUUGAUGGGUGACACGCCGGCAGGGUCCUCAGACCCUAAUGCAGGGAAUAUGCAGUGGGCGUCUAUGGCUCAAAUGCCUCCGGACCUUCGUGAGUUGAUGCCAUGGCCAGUCCUGGCCAACACACGUGCGACGCCAGAAGUGCCGAGGUUUGCCAUGAAUCCCGCUUUUGAUUUCCUUCAGAUGAGUGAGCAACCGCCCGUGCCGACGAGAAAUCCUCAGCAGUCGACCUUGGAAGGACCUCUGAGAGACCAGAUCGAGGAAUUCCAUUAUGUGCAGCAACAAGUUGCUUAUCAACGCCAACAGGUUCGAAAUGCUCGACCACAAACACGUCCCAAUGUGCAAGUCCGUUCGCAGCUAGAUCCGCGGCAUAGGCCAGAACUUGGCGAGUUCCACCAAGUGCAGAGGACGGUGGCGCGCAACUCGCGCCGAAGCCGGAUUAGUGAGAGAUCAAUAAAUGUUGAAGAUGUUGAAUAUGAUGGAGCAUCGGAUCAGUGCCCACUGUGUCAAGACCUAUUUCUUGCCAAAGAAUCCGUGCUUCGACUAGUGUGCAAGCAUCUUUACCACACUGAAUGUUGGUCCGAGUGGAUGUGCCGUGGCAGCGCCUUGCAUUGUCCUGUGUGUCGGGGCAACUGCCACAUCAUUGCCAGAUAUCGUAUCCCUGAGGAAUCCGCAUCCGCACCGGCCAACAUCCCGAGUCAGCUCCCCUCUCGUGCAGCUACACCUGAGCGAGCUGACAGACAACCUGAUGUUUACCUUCUUUUCACGCCGCCGAACCGCAGAACAAACGCACAGGAAUCACCGGACGGAACACCAUUUUUCUCUCCGGAACAACAUGCGGAUACAUUCCCUUGGUGGCCCAGCGAGGAGGAUUCACAUGCAAAAGCUGUGUACCAUUCCAUAUCGAUCCCGAAUCGAGCCGGAAUCAUUAUUGACCCAGGUGCUUACACCAACCUCAUCGGAGAGCACACUGCCCGUUCGUUCGCUAAGAUGGCCAUCGAACACGGGUACACGCCAAGACAAUGGCGAAUGAAGCCGAUGUUUGUGCAAGGUGUGGGUGAGGGUCAGCAGAAAUGUGAGUGGACAGUGUCCAUUCCAAUUGCGUGUCGCCUGUCAGUGGAAGGUCGUGUAUGUUGCUUGAACUAUUUCGAGGCCCCAGUCGUCGGAGGAAGCGGCGCUAGACUCCCAGCACUCCUUGGGCUUCGUUCGUUGUCAGCGCUCUCAGCCACUCUUUGUAUGCGUGAAGGCCAAGAGUCAUUGUUUGUACCAGUUGCUGGCAAUGAAGCAUCCGAGCUCUCGCAACAAAGACGGUGUCCCUUGGAUAAGGCCCCAUCAGGACACUUGAUCAUGACAAUUGACAACUGGGGAGAGCUGAAGCACGACGCGCAGGCGGGCGUUCGUCCAGAACCCAUGGUGUUGCAUGUUGAUCCAUCAUCAUCAGCUGCCGAAGAAUCCAGUAUUCCUGCAGCCAUAUAG